UUAAUCAAAAACUUCUCAAUUUCAAAUUAUGAAAAAAAAAACGAAAAUAUUAGCGCCAAAUUUAUAAGACAUUUUACAACACUCAACAAAAACGAUAACACUUUGCUUAGUUAUCUAAAUUUGGGCUAUCGGGUGACCGCCACACAUGUUGAGUAAACAGAAAUCUGGCGCUUCAUUACACAAGGAGUCAAAAAUAAUAACAGCAUAGUUAUCUAAAUUUGAGCUAUCGGGCGACCACCACCAGCACGACUUAUCGCUGAGCCAUAUUGAGUAAACAAAAACCUGGCGCUCCGUGGAAGAAUAAACUUAAUAUUUAUAGCAUGUCGCAUCCUAAUACAACGCGGCGCAAACAUGUGCUCAAGGAGAUGAUGGAGGAUGACUAUUCCCUGCCUACCGAACAGCAGCAGAUCGUGCGCGUCGUCAGCAGCCGAGGCAACAAUCUACACGAGGUAGAGGCGGCGACAGCAGAGAAUUUUCUGGUCUCUAUGCCCAACAAGUUUCGCAAAAAUGUUUGGGUAAAGCGCGGUGAUUACAUAUUGGUGGAGCCAAUCGAGGAGGGCGACAAAGUAAAAGCGGAAAUAAGCAAAAUUUUAACGCCUGAGCAUAUUAAGGAGUACACAAAGGCUGGCAUAUGGCCGGAACGUUUUGCCAAGAAGUCGACGCUAAGCAACCAAGCCGAGCAUUCCGCCGGCUCUGACUCCGAUGAAUCACUGCCACCUAAUACAAACCGACCUGUGAAUAUGGGUGAUGACGAGGAAGAGGAAACGGAUACAGAGGAGAGCAGCGCUGAAGACUGAGAAAGAAUUAAUUCCGAUUCUGCAUUUUAUCGUGCAUUACAAAAAGUUUAGCUAAUGUAUAUUUUUUAACGAAUUACUUUUCUCUCGCAAUUGUUGUAACAACAAAUUAAAUUAUGUACGUCCAUAAACACAAAAAAAUAUAUGGAAAC